AUGGUAGCGGUUCAGGGCGGGCAGGACGAUUCCCCUGCCUCUCCUGGCGUCACAAGACCACUCGUUACCCAGACGGCAGGUGGAGAUAUCGUAGUUGACACCAUCAUGGCAGACGACCAGCAGGCGGUUCCCGUAUCGAGCCACGGGCCAGACCCGGUCGUAGCCUCGGUCGAUCACGGUUUAAACUCGUCAACGCCUGGCGGCGGCGACGGAGCGUCGACGCGUCAGACAGCGGUAUCACAACCAUGA